GACAUCAUCUGAGGCUGCUCGCGUGGUCACCCAUGCGGGAUCAGCAGCCACAGCCAUCACCACUGCACCAUCUCCCUCCGAUGCUGCUACCACUGCUGCCACAACAACCCCCUCCUCUUCCAUCCCCACCACCACUGAAAGCACUGCAGCUGCUGCUGUCCCUGCCACUGCCAGCCACGCUUCGCCGCCCGGCCAAGCGAGGGCUGCCUCGCGUGGUUUGUCCUCUUCUGCAGGGCAGAGGCGGCGCAAGCUGGUGCCUGUGGAGACGGGCGGCAUGGCUUUAAGAGGGCUGGUGGACCUGGCGCUACAGCCGGCCAGCCAUGCUGUGACGGCUGAGCUUCUGGGGUUCCAAGGAGCGGAAUUUCACUUCAAGGAAUGGAAGGAGCUUGAGGGUCGCACCUUUGCAGAGGCGGUGUUUAUGUUUGAAGACGCUGUGCCGUGUGGCGUGCAGCAGAUGGUGGGCACAGAGGAUGAGCGGACUAUCAUUAACCCGCCUGGCGACACCGUGAUUGAGUCCGGGGACCGUUUGCUGGUCAUCGCUGAGUCAGCAGACAGCUACGCGCCACGUAAGCCGACCGCUGAGUCAGCAAAGGAGCGCGAGCUGGCGGAGAAGCGGCUGGCGUCGUUCGCGACGCCGUGGCACUACGACAGCCUGCCACGUGGCAACGUGAGGCGCCGCCACAACGUGCUGAUUGCGGGCGAGUGGAGGGAUGACGUGGCCGAGGCUCUCCUGCUGCUCAGUUCCAAGCUGGCUCCCCGCAGUCAGGUGGCAGUGAUGGUCGACUCUCCCUCCCUCUCAGCGGCACAGCAGCGCCUCAACCCCUUUAUCAAAUCAGGCAGCCUCAACCUCAACCUCUCGCUCUACCACGGGCACCUGGGAUCAAUGGCUGAUUUGGAAAGGGUUCCUCUAGAGGCCUUCGAUACUGUUAUCGUGCUUGCCCCUCGCUCGCACCACGCCUCACCCACCGACCAGCCGCAGACGCGGGACGACGAGGGGGGUGCGGAGCGAGGGGAGGGUGGUGGUGGGGGUGGGGGUGAGGGGGGCGAGGGGGUGCUCAUGCCGUCUGCUUCUGUCACUGCUAUGAUGAUUCGGACGAUUCAGCGGGAGCGGGGACAGGCGGGAGCAACAGUGCUUGCAGAGAGUGAUUUUGCGGUGGAGGGAAGGGGAGAGGGAGGGGAGGAGGGCAGGGGAGAGGGGGAGGGGGAAGGGGAGGGAGGGGCGGCGGCAGCGGCGGCGGCAGUGGAAGGGGAUAUAGUGAAGGAGGUGCAGGGGAGGUGGCUGACUGACAGUAUUGAUACGAAUGCAGUGCACGCGAGGAUUCUGGCUCAAACUGCCAUGGACCCAGAUGUCGGCGGUGUAUUGGACGAGAUUGUGAGCGGGGCGGGUUCGUCGCUCACUCUGGAGGAUGCCACCUCGUUCCUCGUGGACGGGGAAGCGCUUUCGUUCUUCGACCUGCAGGUAUGCUGCUCCUCCUUACUUGCACCCGUCUCAAAUGGCACAUGGAUCUUCCCGAUGGCGGUCGUGGCGGCGGCAGUGACAGCGCGGUCCCCGUCACCCGCGUCGGCAUCAGGCGCUUCGGCGGGAUGGCUGUGGCCGUUGAUUGGCACGGCGGCGUCGAUCGCCUUCGCCUCCGCCUUCUCGCUCACUCUCCGCAUCCUGCGGGGACUCUCCGCGUCGCGCACCGCCGCGCUACAGCCUCCGCAGGCCAUCCUUGUGCUGGGAGGGAAUCGCUAUAGGGAACGAUUGGCGGGGAGAUUCGCUGCCUUGCUGGCUAGCCCUUCGACCGGGAGUUUAAGCUCCAACGGCACGCUCGACCUCCUCCCUCCCGCUCACGCCGCAGCCUCCGGGAAGCUUCCGGUGUUCAUCUCGUCGGGGAACGACGACGCUGCUGACGUCAUGAUGCGGGAGGGAGUGGCUGCCGGCCGGUUACGGGUGGAUAACCACGCGCUGGACACGGUUACCAACUUCACGGAAAUGUUACGGACGUUUCAACGGCUGAAAAUCACGCAUGUGCUGGUGGUUACGUCGGAUUAUCACAUGCCGCGCGCGGCUAUGAUGGCCAAGAUUGUGCUUCAAACGCAUGGGAUCGCGUUCUCUACAGUCACGCUUCCGAGUAGACCAGAAAUAUGCAAGAAAGGUAAGGCAGGCGCAGCAGUUGUUAAGGAUGGGGUGAGUGGCAUAAGUGGUGCUGGUACAGGGGUUAAGGGAGGAGGGGAGGAGGAAGAGGAGGUUGAAGAGGAGGUGAUUGAAGAAAUCGAAGAGGAAUCAAAGUUGAGAAAGCCGAAGCACCCCGUUAUGAUUCAUUAUGUCUUCCUCGCGUGCGUGCUGGUCGUUUCGUCUCCGCAAUUCGCGGCGGCGCGCACCACGGCAUCAGCCGUGGCGAUGGGUGACGUGGCAGAAGAGACAAAACGCGCUGCCCUAACCGUUCCACGCCACGUGUCAGCCGAACCCGUGGCCACCGCGCCGGGCCAGGCUCCGGAAUUCUCGCUGAUGCGAUCCGACGUGGCGGCCAACGCGUCGUUUGCGUACGCCGCAAUCCUGUACAUGGGCACGCCACGUGACUACGAGUAUUACGUGGCGACACGUGUCAUGCUGCAGACCGUCCGACGCACGGGGACCGUCGCGGAUCUCGUCGUGCUGGCAUCGGAAGACGUCCCUGCCACGUGGACCAAUACGCUCAAGAAGGAGGGCGUGCGGGUGGUGCGGGUGAGCAACAUCCCCAACCCUUACCGGGGCAGUGCUGCCUUCAACCCGCGCUUCCCCUUCGCUCUCAACAAGCUGCUCGCGUGGCGACUAAGAGAGUACAAGCGAGUCGUGCUGCUGGACGCUGAUAACAUCGUCAUGAAGAACGUGGAUGAGCUGUUUCAAUGCGGCAGCAUGUGCGCCGUGUUCAUAGACCCAUGCACCUUCCACACCGGGCUGGUUGUCCUGAAGCCAUCGGUGAAGGUGUUUAAGGACAUGAUGCAGCAGCUGCGCUCUCUCCCGUCACACGAUGCAGCGGACCAGGGCUUCCUCAACCGCUACUUCCCCACGCUGCUCGCCUCUCCGCUCUUCGUGCCUCCCACCGAUGGCUCGGCGCUCAAAGGGCAGUUCAGGCUGCCCAUGGGGUACCAGAUGGACGCUAUCUUCUACAAUCUCAAGUUCAAGUGGGAGGUGCCUUGCUCCGACAACAAAAUCAUCACCUUCCCCGGGAUCGCGCACUUAAAGCCCUGGUUCUGGUGGUCCUACCCUCUCCUCGCCCUCUCCCUGCACUGGCACUCCUGGCGCCUCUCCACCAUUGGCUACUCCUCCCACCUCCCCGCCUGCCUCUCAGCCGGCGUCUUUUGGCUCGUAGUGCUCGCGCUCAGCCACGUCAUCGCCCGGGCGGCAGCCGACCCAUCCUCGAUCCUCUACCGCCUCACCCGUGGAUACAGACACGUCGGCGCCGCCCCUGUUGUCUCAGGGAUUGGGGGGAGCGCAGCGGGAGGGGGAGCGGGAGGAGGAGGAGGGGGAGUCGGGUCCACUUCUCCUUAUUCUCGCCUAGGAGCGUUGGGGACAGGGUUGGGAACGCCAGGAGGGGGGUCGAAUGGGGGUGUAGGUGGAGGGGGGGCAACGACAGGCGCAGGAGCAGCUGCAGCUGCUGCUGCUGCUGGGGGAGUAUCAGGUCUCCUCUCCUACCUCUCUCCUCGCUUCCUCCUCACACUCGGCCUCACGGUUCUCUCCGCAUUCGUCUCCUUCUGGCUCGUGCCGACCACAGUACACCCGUUUCUCGGCUGGUUGCUCUUCACGUUCGGCACCUUUUCCGGACUGUCGCUAGUUAAAGCCCUGGUCGGCGCCACAGCAGCGAUUUUCUGGCUGCUACAGUACCUGGUGGUGGCGCUUAUCGUCUUGGGAUUGCCGGUUUACUCUGCUUUGGCAUUUAAACUGUGUGCGAUGCACCUGCUUGCGUUUGGAGCAGGAGCGGUGCUGGUGGUGCAGGUGCAAGCGCUGCAGUUUGGGUUUCUCACUGGUGCUGGUUUGGCCCCAAGGCCUACUAGCUCGUCAGGAGGCCGCUCCCUUUUGGAUUAG